ACUUACAGGCCAAGCAACAGGAAGGUUCAGCAUUUCAGGGAAUGUUAUGGAAAUGAGCAGGACAAGCACUCUAUUGUUGUUGGCCUCAUGUGUGUCCUCUGCAGAGGCCACUGUAAGCGACCCGACUUACUGCUACAUUUUAGAUGUUAUUCUGCUGGUGUACUCCAUCAUUUUUACCGCUCUCUACUUUCGAGAGAAGUUUUUAAAAGAAGGGCCCGUUCCUCCAGAUCCUGCAGCUCCGGUCCGUAACCCCAAUGAGCCCGUCUAUACAGACUUAGAUCUACCUCAGGUGGGCUCCGAUUAUCAACAACUGGACAGACCGAUUAGAAGACGAGAACCAGAGACACAUUAUCAGGAACUGAGAGCACAUGCGAGUGAUGAAUACCAGCAAAUAGGAACUAAAGGAAAACCACGCAAAGCCAAGAGCAAAUCUAAUGAGGGCCGAACAGGGAGAAAAAGGGACGCAGCUGAGGCUGUGGAGAUGGAAACGUUUCCUACUGUAUGAACACACAGCAAAGACGGAGGAGCAACUUGUAAAUCUGCCAACAGAUAAAUUAUAUAUCUUUGUAGGAUGCACUUGUGUCUUGAUUUCUGUAUUUGUUACACAGCUAGUAUGAAUAAUCAGUAUUUUGCAGUCUUGCUUGUAUAAACGCACACACACACCGUUUAAAAGACUGCGGUCAGUAAGAAGCAAAAAAAAUCUCAGCAAGGACAGAUUCAAUUGAUGAGAAAUUAAAGCUGUAAAUAAUAUUGUUAUAAA